UUGAACAAGAUGGCAGUGAACUCAAACAAGACGUUUUUGGUCCUCGUUAUCUGCCUGUUGUUAUCCGAGUCGAUUCUCGGGACAGUGCAGUUGUUCGCGACGGUACCAGAGAACGCCGGCGCGGGAGAAACUGUCCUCAGCGUCUUGUCAGCCAUAGGAGAAACGCGCGAGUCGGACGGUAGAAAUUUUCGCGGGGAGGAAGUUCUCUGUAAAAUUGUAGACGGGAACAAAAACGGACGUUUCCGUGCCACAGCGGGCUGCGUGUUGCAAGUGGCGCGUCCGCUGGAUUACAGCGUGGACCCGAGCUAUAACCUCACGGUGAACGUCACGGUGAACGUCACGGUGACUGUUCAAGUUCAAGUCCAGGACGUGGAGGGAUACCCUCCUGUCUAUAACGACACGUGCGAAAUGCCGAUCCGGCGUGGAGAGAGUCGGUCAGGCGAUCUGAUCUUCGAUGUGAGAUGGCAGGCUGAGGCCGUGGUAAGGCCGGGUGGAGUGAUGUUUUUCGAUCAAUACGAGUUCUUUGACCGGUCUACGGCCUACGGUCACAGUUCCACCGCUACCAAUGACUGCACAGCUUGGCUUGUAUGGGACGUAGGGCAUGCAGUACAGAUCAGACAGUUUAUGGACGUUUGGGACUCAAACCUAAGGUGCUUUAAAUGUUUUCAUACACAACAUGACACAGCGACCUUCCAAGUCGGAAUCAUCAACAGACACCGUGGGAAAUCGGCAUGCACAUUUCUAGAUCACUUAGGUGUGUCUAGAACACAGAGUAACGUACACUUUAGAGUUGCCUAUUUGUUAAAGCUAGUUUCAGCGAGAGGCCAUUAUUUCACGUGCAGCCUGCCUGGUGACGUUUCUGUCACCACUGUUGUCGGUGCCAUGAUGGCCGAAGUAAGCCAUCCAUUUGCUAACGUUCAUGUCCAGCCAGUCGGUUGUCCUCCGAAAAAAUACGGCUUAUUGUGUGAUCAGAACUGUACCUGUGAGAACGGCGCCCGGUGCCAUGGGCUUAACGGGGCCUGUAAGUGUCAGCCGGGGUGGCAAGGUGUCGUCUGCGACAUACCUCACAAUACCGUGGCAAUUACUGCGACCUCUAGCGACUCGGAGCGGAUAUACAUCACUGGUUCUCUGGUAUUGAACUGCAAGGCUUUCCAUCUGACUGCCGCGAAGAUGAUAUGGACGUUUCCAAAUAAAACAGAAAAGUGGCUGCAAGGGACGGUUGAAGAUCGAGUAAGGAUCGAAAGCAUACAGCCCGAACACAACGGUACCUACACCUGCACUGCCGUGACGGAAGACGGGAGGGUCGUUCGCGCAAGUUUUGAGCUUCAAGCCGUCGAGUGCCCUCCUGGGAAAACGGGAGAACUGUGCGCUGAGCCGUGCGAUUGUCCACGUGGGGCGAGUUGUCACCGGUGGGCGGGCUGCGUCUGUCCCGUAGGGUGGACAGGACCCAGGUGCCGGACCCCCUGUCCAGGCGGAACUUACGGAGAGGACUGUAGCAGCGAAUGCCGCUGUCAGAAUCAGGCCACGUGCGCUCCUACCGACGGUCGGUGCAACUGCAGCGCGGGUUGGUUCGGACCAGACUGCAGCGUUCCCUGCCCCGCCGGUCUGUACGGAUGGAGAUGUCGGUACGACUGCGGCUGUAAGAACAACGCCACCUGUCACCACGUGGAUGGCAGCUGCACCUGCGUGCCGUCCUGGUCUGGACAGCUGUGUGACGUGAAAACGGACGAGAACACGUUCCCGUUCCUGCUCCAGAUCGUCAUACCACUCACACUGACCCUGCUAAUCUCUAUAGCAUUGGUGGUAACACUCUUCACACGGAAUAGGGCUAAUAAUCAGAUAGGAGUAAACCACGAAGAGGAAAUGGCUCUUCUGGAACUGCAGAACAUAGAAGAAGACAUGGCGGAGAGUCUGCAGCCCGGCUGGCUCAACAAAUGGGAAAAGAAAGUCAAGGACCUGAGAAUGGGUGAGCUGAUCGGACUGGGUGCGUUUGCUCAGAUCAGAAAAGGGCACCUUUGUACCGAUGGCGCUAAAGUCGCGGUAGCCGUGAAGUCGGUCCGGGGGGAGGACCGGCAGUUCUACCGAGCUUUCUGUCGGGAAGUCGCCUCGCUGAUAGUCGUGCACCAAGAAGGCGGCGGACAUGCCAACAUUGUCCGGCUGUUCGGCGUCAUCACCAAGUCCACACCAAAGUGUAUCCUCCUGGAAUAUGCCGCCAAGGGCGACCUUUCGGUGAUUCUAAAACAGCAACCGGGGCAGGAUGGUGGAUUUCCUUUGGCUGACCUCCUACGCUAUGCCGUCCACAUAUCGUGUGCCCUGAAGGAGCUCCGACGUCUCCGUAUCGCUCACGGCGACGUGGCCGCUCGGAACGUUCUCGUCAGCGGUGAUGACGUGGCCAAGCUUGCUGACUUCGGCCUAGCCCAUGACGUGUACACUGCUAAUGCUUACGUCUCCGCAGACAGACGAGGGGUCGACGAACUCUUGCCUCUGAAGUGGAUGUCCCUGGAGUCGCUGGAGACUCGCAAGUUCACGUGCGACAGCGACACGUGGUCGUUCGGCGUGCUGCUGUGGGAGAUCGCCGCCUUCGGGGAGGAGCCCAACUAUGAGCAGGAAAUCCAACUGAGUUGUCCCAAGUUGGUGGGACUCCUGAGACAAGGGGUCCGUCUGCAGAAACCACCCGGAUGUACGGACAGGCUGUAUGACGUCAUGGCGUCGUGUUGGCGGGAAGAGCCGUCGGCAAGACCUGAGCCGAUAGAACUCGAGCAAAAGCUGACAGAAUGUCGUCAUGAGUUAGAUCCCCUACUUGUUGUGGAGUUGGAGACUUUAGUUUAG